AUGGACCCUGAAGGACCGACCGGCAAGCUCUGCAACUGGGUGCAUUCCUUGACUCUCAUGGACAUCCCUUCAGAUGUGCGGACCCGAGCAAAAUAUCUUCUGCUCGAUGGUAUAGCGUGCGCGCUUAUCGGCGCACAUCUACCAUGGUCUGAAAAGGCAGCGAAUGCUAUUUUUGAGAUGGAACCACCUGGGGACUCAGCGGUCUUUGGCUGGGAUAGGAAACUAGGCCCUUUGUCGGCUGCGCUGCUAAACAGCUCCUUUAUUCAAGGCUUUGAGCUCGAUGACUGGCAUAGCGAAGCUCCACUGCAUUCAAAUUCAAUCCUUCUCCCUGCCCUGUUUGCGGCUGUGGAGCACCUCAGUAAUGUGGGCGGUCCUGUAAUUGAUGGCGCUUCGUUCCUUCUCGCCUAUCUGGUAGGACUGGAGGUAGGCCCGAGAGUAGGCAAUGGUCUUUAUGGAACGCACAUGUUGUCUAUGGGGUGGCACAGUGGUGCUGUAUUUGGUCCUCCAGCUUCAUCUACCGCAGUAUGCAAAUUGAUGAACCUACCCGCGAGUCUCAUUGAAGAUGCAAUCGGUAUUGCAUGUACCCAAGCAUGCGGUCUCAUGUCUGCUCAGUAUGAAAGUGAGGUGAAGCGCAUGCAGCAUGGGUUUGCUGCUCGGAAUGGGUUAUUUGCCGCGUUGAUGGCCCGCAGUGGAUACGUUGGUAUCAAAAAGGUGUUCGAACGGCCUUACGGGGGAUAUCUAUCGACCUUUGGCCAGGGCUCAGGACAGGAUCCGCCGUAUCUACCAGAUGAGAUCACGAAAGAAUUGGGUUCAAAAUGGCAGACCUAUGGUGUUCGGGUGAAGCCAUACGCAGCCAUGGCAGGGACACAUUGUACUGUGGACUGCAUAAGGAAGCUACAGGAAGAGCAUCCGGAGCAAAUGAAGGAUUUCGAGAGCAUUACCAGCAUCAGAAUUGAGAUGGCUGAAGCGGCAUAUCACCAUGGUGGCUGGAAGCCCACAAGACCAUUGACAGCAACGGGAGCCCAGAUGAGCAAUGCCUAUGUUGCGGCAACUCAGCUUGUUCAUGGACAGGUGCUUGCUGCGCAGUUCCGACAUGAUAAGCUGGAACUGGACCUUGUUUGGGAUCUGGUGAAUAAGACGACAUGCCACCACAACACCGAGUUUACGCAAAAGGCGAUGCAAAGGGCAACGGUAACUUUUAGAGACAAACCAACGUUAACAACACUCGUUGAUGCCCCACGAGGAGUGUAUCCGCCAUUGACGAAUGAAGAAAUCGUGGGGAAGUGGAGGUCACUAACCAGGGACGUUAUUGAUGAUGGCAGACGUUUGGAGAUUGAGAGGCUGUGCCUCGGUCUUGAGGAUAUAAAAGACGUUAUGGAAUUGGGGAGAUUGAUGCAUGGUAUCACGAAGAAUCCAAUUGCAUAG